AAACAAGGCAAAUAACGGAGCUGUUCAGCUCAAACUCAUCUGCUCUUCCCCGAAGCGCUGUCACUGAGCUAGGCGCCUCGUCCUUUCAAGAGGAGCCAGGGCAGGUGCAUGCAGGUGCAGAUUCCAAGGAUGGCCGAUCAAGGGGGUUACGCUUCUGCUGACGAACUGGAUGAAGAAUUGGAACGGGCGUUCGAAGCUCCCCCAAAGCAACCGCCAGCUUCUGAGCAGCCGCAAAAGGACAAGUCUUACGGAAGGGGCGUCACCUCCUUCCGUACGUCAGAUUCGAGCUUGGGCUCUCGCGGGGCACAAGAGUCUGGCUACCAAACAAGGCAGAAGCCGUUGCUACCAGAGCCUCCCUUAGCUGGUGUCAUCAACAGCUUGGAUAAUCCUCUGACUUUAGCGGGGAGGCUUUCCCAAAGCAAUGAGGCUGCAGACAAAGGCUUGGGGAUAGCAUUCGCAACUCCAGCCCAAGUAGCUGAGUCAGCGAGCACAUUCAACGGUGUUCCCAAAGCAUUGGGACUGAAUAUGGCUGGUGUAAUUCAUAGUCCUGUCAGUCGCCAGCUAGCCAAGCCGGCGGACACUUUUGGAACGGGCAGCUCUGGACUCUGGACUCAUGACACAACAUUGUCCAGCUUGUCUGAAGCCACCGCCCCCGCCAAAACUGAGAUCACUUUCCAGUUCCCUGACUGGGGGGUGAACUUCGGCAAGCGAGGGCUGGAUUCAACAACGGGCAGGGGAGCACUGCAAGAUGCGGAAAAGGAAAUUGAGGCCAAAUCACUUUGGCCAGGAGGGCGGGAUGCAAAGGAGGUGCCCGGUUGCCUUAUCUCGGAGUCGGAGAAGGGCAAGGGGAAAGGCAGUCUUGCGAAACGUGGUUCUUCUCAAAGCAAGGAGCGGCACCUGAGGCCAGAAGAAGACCCGUCCCUGCCCGCCCCAGUCUGUGUGUUCCACACUCUCCCUGAGGAAGUGCUCUUGAUCAUCUUCAAAAAACUAGACGCGGCCAAAGAUGUCUGCAGCUGCAUCUUAGUCUGCAACAGGUGGGAGGAGAUUCUAGGUGGGGAUGAAAUCUGGGCGGGGCUCUUAGCGCGACGAUUCCCAGGGCGGGAGUUUGCGCAGGGGGGGGCCAGGGCGGAGUACAAGAGGGGCGUGAUGUUAAUGAGCAUUGGGGAGCGCUUUCAGUUCCUGCAAAAGGGUUUUGAGUUUCUUGUUUCCGCCCUAGACGCAUGGUGGGAUUCUGCCACUCCGACCAACCCGGCUCUUCCUUACGACCAGCCCACCGUGCGGCGCAUUGUCGGCAAACUGACAGCCAGCAACUGGACACUUCUGUACGAGGGCUUUGCUGCCCUGUUCAUCGCACGAGCCGACAAGCUAGCAGUCGACCUGCUUGCUGUUCUUGCAUCCGCCCAAGCCCUCGCAACUCAUCCCCACCGAUCGCCGAUAUCCACAUCCGUCUUCUCGAGUCCGUCGAUUCUUGCCUCUCCCUUCAAAAGUCCCCUCAGAAGUCCACGGAACCCCACCACUCCUCAUAGCGCAACUGACGUCAGCCCCAGCACCGCUGACGUCACCAAACGAGUGGCAACAACACUGCGCCGAGCGAAAACCUCGAGAAACGCCGAAGAGGUGUCGGGAUCUUUCUCCGACGACCUUUUGGAGUCGGUCGGGCGGGGUAAGCGUCGCAGGGGCGGAUUCACUCCGACCGCCCGCUUUCCGACGAAUCAGGCGGUGCCACUUGGCGAGCUGGUGGCGCGGGCCGAGUCGGAGCCGGACGGUCUCGGCUGGGGCCGGGGUUUGAGGGGUUUGGCGGAGGGGGGAGUCGAUCCUGAUGACGUGGCAGAGGCGUUGGCAGGCGGGCGGGAGCUUUACGGUUUGAAUGGGGACGGGAUAGAAGGGAGUGAUGCAAUGGGCUGGUCAAUGGAACAAGAGAGUGCGUAUGGUGGAGGGAGUUCCUCGGGCUUCGGCGGGAAGGAGGCGCUUGAGUCGCGGCCGAAGGCGGGCCCCGCGGGCGCCGCCCUGUGGCGCGAGGUUUUGAGGGUUUGGCGGCGGCACCGCGCGUUCGUGCUGCUGGUGUCGGAGCAGUGCGAGAGGCUCAACACCGAGGUCCUGCGCGAGCGCGCGCGCGCGCAUGGUGUUGCGGCGACGCCCACGGUCUUCGACCAGGGGGCGCUCUGCUUCAGAGGCCAGAUCCUGCUGCGCCACCGGUUGCGGCGGCCCCUGCAAGCCGGCCUCGCCUGGCUGACGUUGCGUGCGCUCAGCGGAGACGCGACAGACGACGAGUACGAGCUGCUCAAGGAGAUACGCCACAUGCGCCAGGAGAUCGACAACGGUCGUGCAGUCUGGAACGUGGGCGGUCCCGGAGAGAGUCUCGCAAACCUGCGGGGCGUGGCGAGCCGCCAUCUGGAGUCGCUACAGCCACCGCUGCGGAAGCUGCAAGCGGUUGCGAUGGACUACGCGCCGCCGUGCUCGCGAGCAAGCUAA